AUGGGGAGACAUCCAUCUUCGGAUAUGCUCAUGCCGCCGCCGCCGUCCAGUAUGCAGCGCUCGAGUGUUUCACGUCGAUCUAAAGACGCACGACACGUCGGUACGGCUGAAGAGCAAGACGGGAGUGCGCAUCGAAAUGACGAUGAAGUGCCCGCUGAACUCGAGGAGGAAGAGGAAGAGGAAAACGGGAGUGCGCAUCGAAAUCACGAUGUAGUGCCCGUUGAACUCAGUGGUGAAGAAUCCCAGUUACCUGGCGUUCUUUCAUCAAGUAGGGUUGGGCGGCCGUCUUCUCAGGAAGAGAACCUGCCACCACAGCCAACCUCACCGUUGCCUGUGGUAGUUCAGGGGGUUGAUGAAGCUAGGCCACAAGAAUCUCUUGUCGUCGGCUUGGAUUCAGAAAUUGCGGAGGUAUUGGAGAAGCGCCUGGCCCAGGUGUUGAGUCAAGUGAAGAACUUGCGCGCCGAGGCGUCUGCGGAUCUCCGCGUGAUGUUUCGGAAGGGAGUGCAGUUGGCGAAUACCGAUCUAUCAGGGAUCGACCCUGCUAUUUUGGGAGAGGUGUGGGAAGACCUCGAGGCAGAGGACGCUGUAGGCAUGGUGGAGACGGACGAUCCAGAUAUCGCCGCGCUCUUUGACGAAGAGGAAGAGCCGAAAGAGUGA